AUGACACCAGGUGAAUCUCCGAAUCUUACCAAGAUUCAAGAAAAUCAACAACAAACAGAAACAUCACAAUCUGACAUGGAUAUAAUUCCAUCAUCAAUACAGGGUGAAGAGAUACAUGUUGUACAUUUAUGUCGUACAACAGAUUACGAUGGCUAUGGUUUUCGUUUACAAUAUAAUAAAAGUUAUUUUCUUGUUCAUGAAAUUGAAAAUGAUAGUCCAGCUGCUAAAAGUGGUCUACAUGUAAAUGAUAUUAUACUUUCACUCAAUCAACAAUUAACAGAAAACAUGUCUCAUGCUACCUUUGUUGAAUUACUUACUGACAAUUCUAAUCUUGAUUGUAUUGUUCAACCCUUUGAGAAAUUUUUACAUUCGAAUCAUCCAGCAACACUGAAUCGACAAGCGAUAUCAAUAAUUUCAACAGAUCAUAAUAAUGAUGACAAAAAAACGCUUAAAAUGCGCUUUUUUAAUGCUUGGAGAAAAUUAAUACGUCGUUGA